AUGUCGAUGCCCGGCAUGACAAUGGGUCCUAUGGGCCAUAUGCAUAUGGGCGAUGGCGUUCCCGACCUCUUCUAUCUCCAGAAAAUGUACUGGGUAGUUGUGGGAAGUGCCAUUGCAGCUGCAACCGUUGUCAAUGGAAUAAAUGGCUACCUAGCAUUUCAGAGAGUCUGGGACUCAACACUCACCCCAUCCAAGCCAAAGUCUCUAUUUUUCAAUACUUAUGCAACUGCCACGGCGAUAACCCGGGAGGCAAGCUACGCGACAGUGCCUCCCUUCUCAAUCGGCGGCCGCACCUUUCAUUUUGUCCCAUUGGGUCCAUUGUCUAUCAUUCUCGCGAACCUUGUCGUGGUGCUGGUCUUCUGCUUUUAUAAAUUGGACACAAUGGAUCAGUGGAAAUGGGAAGAUGUCGGUUACCGCACUGGUUUCGUCUCCAUCGCCCAACUGCCGCUGAUUUUCCUGCUGGCGGGAAGACAGAACCUCAUCGGGUUCUUGGUAGGCUUGAGCUACGAACGUCUGAAUUGGUUCCAUCGCUGGAUUGCCCGGACCCUCUGGCUGACAGCAACAAUCCACAUGGGCUUUUGGUUCCGCAACUGGGGUCGCUAUGACUACAUCACGUAUCAGCUGAAAAACGACGAACUGAGUAAGCGGGGAUUUGCUGCAUGGUGUAUUCUCACCUUUAUUGUGAUUUCAACUGCUGCGCCGGUCCGACGAUUGAGCUACGAAUUCUUCGUCCUGCAGCACCUAGUGACUUUUGUCGGGUUUAUCGUCGCCGUGUGGUUUCAUGCCCCUGACGAGGUCAAAGUUUGGGUCUGGAUCCCCAUUGGACUUCUCGUGUUCGACAGAGUCGCCCGUUAUGCCUGGGCUACGUACGCUAAUUUGUCGAUUUUCCAUCGCUCAAAGCAGAAUGCGGGACAUGCACUCUGGGCUAACCGUGCUACAUUCACCCCGCUGCCAGGAAAUGUCACUCGCAUUACAAUCGACAACCCUGGGAUCCGAUGGAAACCAGGUCAACACGUCUUCCUCAACUGUCAUUCAAUUGCACCGCUACAAAGUCAUCCUUUUACUAUUGCAUCGAUCCCCGAAGACAAUAAGAUGGAAUUCCUGAUUCGGGCCGAGAAAGGCGGGACCCGGAGAUUUUUCCAGUACGCAUCCAAACACCAGGUGUUUGGUUCUGCCGACACAACACCGGGAAAACGACCGCGCACGGUAUUCAUCGACGGGCCAUAUGGUGCAAUCAGACCCCUCGGCCAGUUCGACAGUGUGGUGCUGCUCGCAGGCGGCAUGGGAGCAACGUUUACGUUGCCAUGUCUUCGUGGCCUUAUCGCGGGGUGGAAAGCAGAAUAUGCCAUCGGAUCUGGGAAGAAAGCCCGCCGGGUCGUAACAAAGCGCAUUCGAUUCGUCUGGGUGAUCAAAUCACAGACUCAGCUCAAGUGGUUCGAAUCACAACUGCAGUCGGUGCUAGCUGACGUGGAGGAAUGUCAACGCGCUCAGCCGGACCUAAUUAAGGAGCUCGAGAUGAGCAUCUACUUAACCUGCGACGAAGAACUAGAGCCCCAGCCGUCAGCUGGGCAGGCACCAUGCUCACAAGCCCUGCUUGAGAUGACAGAAACUGCCACUAUUACCAAUAUCGAUGAGAAGGAGAAGCCACCUGUAGAGGACCAAAAGGACAAUAUCUCAAUUAAUUCCGUUUCCUCGUCUUCAGAGUCAAAUUAUCGCCCUGGCCGCGGAUGCUGCUGCUGCACCAUCGCCAUCGAAGAUGAGGACAAAGCCACUGAACACAAAUGCACCUGCUCCGGCCAUGCCGCGCUGUCAGAAGUCAAGCCUCAAGAUACAGUAUUGGAAGCGACGGUGUCUAAGGAGACAGAAAUACCGGACGCAGGACCUAUCUCUAGGCCAACCACCCAUUCACUGAACCUUGUGUCCGGUCGUCCUCAACCCCGGACCCUUAUUCGCAAGGUCUUGGAGAGAGCCGAAGGCGAGAGCGCAGUAGUGGUCUGCGGACCGCAGGGACUGUCAGAUGAUGCAAAAACCCUCGACCCAAUCACCCUCUUCCACACUCCCGCCCUACCCUCUUCAUCGCGGGUAUUAACCAUUCUCAAACAAGCCGCGACAGCCGCUGAGGCCGGGACAGUAGAUUCACGACGCGGCGAGUUCCAACUAGAGAUCACAACCGCGCCGCCGACUUCCGAUCAACUACGAAAUAUCCUUGACUACGUGACUGCGAAUCCCGCGGGGGCAGGCCAAAACACAAAACAAUAUGCGAUUGAGGAGGUGGUUCGCGGGGCAAAGGAUGCAGAGGAUGCUUUGAAGAGGUUCAAGGAGGAUCCGGGGGUUUUUGUUAGACCUGUUACGGUUGACUGGACAAAUGGAAAGGCAGUCCUGGGCGAUAACGAGUCGGAAAUUCUCAAAAUGGUGCACCAGUUGGAUGUGGAUUGA